CACACACACACACACACACACACACACACACAGAGGCACACACACACAUCAUUCUCAUGCCAUUCUGACUCGAUUGUGUUUAAGCUGUGGUUCCAGAGAGUCAUAUAUGACAUUGUAGUGAAAAUGUUCUUAUGGGAAUGGAAUAUUUGAUUACAUCAAUGUUUGCUUGUUUUUUUUCAAGAUCCAUGACUUGCUGUGCCUGGGAAUGAAUGCACAGCCUCAUGAGUAUUGAGUAGUGGAUGGACACAUGAUCUUACUUGAGUUUUAAGCUAUGCUCUCACCCAUAUUAUGGGUGCUAAACGGAAAUGUAAAGCAUUAGUGAGGACUUUGCUAUGGGGCUGUGAAGUGUGAUCAAGCAGCUUCCUCCCCUGUUCCCAGUUCAGUCUUACAUAUCCUGCUCCAGACCCUGCUGAUUAGCACAUAUUAAAGUUUUAACAUCUGUGCCUGGAAUUCCCUCUUUGCUUCAGAAAUCAAUGACAGACCAAAGUAACGAUACUACAACUUCCAGCUUGGUAUGGUGACUUUCAGAUAUAACAAUUUUCACAGGAAAGCUUCUCUGGAACCUGAGUCACAAACAAGUGAUGGCAUUCUGAUGGAUGAAGCACCUGUAACCCGUUCUACCCUAAAUGUGAAUUCCCAGCAGAAGAGUAAAGCAAAGAACAAGAUUAAGAAUACACUUAAUUCAAAUGAAUUGUCAUCCAUUGAGCAGAGGAAAAAAUACCAGAAACAUCUUAAGAAGCACAAAAACACAGCAGAAGACAUCAGUGGUAAAGGGAAUUGCUCACCUCCAUGGAGGCUUCUCUCGAGUGUGCUCGGUGCCAUGUGCCUUCUCCUGAUGGCUGUAGCCAUGGUGAUGACCACUUUUACCACAAAGUCAUCUUCUGAAAGAUCAUCUUCUACUAUUCAGCAAGAAGGGCUCCAUCAUCCCUGUCCAGAGAACUGGGUCUGGUUCAGGUGCAGCUGUUAUUUCUUCUCCAAGGAAGAGCUAAUUUGGAGAGACAGUCAGCGUGCCUGCUUGUCUCUUAACUCCAGUCUCAUAAGGAUGAACAAAGAGGAAAUGAAUUUCUUCUCUUUGAAGUCUUUCUUUUGGGUUGGAGUUUACUAUAAUGAAACUCGCAGACAGUGGCUGUGGGAAGACCAUUCGGUUCUACCCUCUGGGCUGUUUUCUAAACUUGAAGCUAAUAUGAAAAACUUCUGUGCAUCUUAUAAAUCAAAAGAAGCUUAUAUGGAAGAAAACUGUGCGAACAAACUGACAUAUAUUUGCAAGAAGUAGCAUAUUUAAUUCUAUGAGUUCAUGAAAUAUAUGAAAAUUAAUCUUUUUUAACAUUUUUUCCUGGAGUGCUUAUUUUAUGAAGAAAAUGUGACAAAUAUUUGCCUUUGCUUAAAUAAAACUGUAUUCAAAUAUA